AAGGCAUGAAGAGCCCAAGAUUCUUCAGGUUCCAGCAAAAUCAGCAGUGGGGAUUCAGAAAGUUCAUCCCUCGACAUUCCCUCUUGGCCCAGGAGCCUUGGCUGCUCGAAGACAAUGAACUCAGCCUGAGAUGCAAGGUGACUGUGGCCCAAGACUCCUUAGGCUUCUCUGACGAGACCACGAUGCCAGGGAUCCAGGUUCCAAGGUGCACUCUGGCAGAUGAGCUAGGAGAGCUGUGGGAGAAUUCCUUCUUCACAGACUGCUGCCUGGUGGUAGCUGGCCAGGAAUUCCGGGCUCACAAGGCCAUCUUAGCAGCUCGCUCUCCAGUUUUCAGAGCCAUGUUUGAACAUGACAUGCAGGAGAGCAGAACAAACCGCAUUGAGAUCCACGACCUGGAGCCUCAAUGCUUCAGAGCAAUGAUGGGCUUCCUUUACACCGGGAAGGCACCGGAUCUCCACAGCAUGGCAGAUGUACUGCUUGCAGCUGCCGACAAGUACGGCCUGGAGCGUUUGAAGGUCAUGUGUGAGGACGCCCUCUGCAAGGACCUCUCCGUGGAGACUGCUGCCCACACUCUCGUCAUGGCUGACCUCCACAGUGCAGGGCAGCUGAAAACCCAGGUGCUGGAUUUCAUAACAGCUCAUGCUUCUGAAGUCUCUGAGACUUCAAGCUGGAAGACAAUGGUGGACUCAUAUCCCCACUUGCUGGCUGAAGCAUACAGCUCCCUGGCUUCUGCUCACUGCUCAUUACUGGAGAACCCUCCCAAACGCCUCAAGCAAUCUUAGGAUCCUGUCAGCUCUGACCUACAGGUGUAUUCUAUAAGCGGCAGCAGGCAUUGUUUCCAAGGACACCUGGGCAGACUACGGGACACUGUAGCAUUUUCAGAGAACCUGGGGAAAGACAGACAGCAUGGGGGCUCAGGCCUUUCAUACGCCAGGAAAUAUGUGGAAUGACAGUUUUGGGGAGGGAGAGCACUGCCUUCUGGGACCCUGUACUGGUUUGCUUUCACUACGUUGAGUCGGAUACUGGGGAAUCAGUGAGGUUGUUGGCCCCAAGCACAUCCCAACAGGGUUUCUUUGGAGGAACCUGUCUGGAUGAGACUGAGCAGAGCACAUGAUCACGGAUUUAGACCAAAUCAGAAAGCAAACAUGAAUGUGUGCUUCCAAGAGAUGAGGAAGAGGAAGGAAGACAGUUUCUCUCUCCAUGCCUAGUGUGUGAGGACUGGACUUUUGACUCAGUUGGCCAAAGCAGUUGGGGCUCCUGCAGAGGACCAGUUCCAUGAGUUCAGCUGUCAGCAUACGAGGGAGACUUCUCAAAUUCUCUAACUGGAGAUCCAGAGCAAUGAAGUCCUCCUCUUGUCUCUCCUGCUGUAUCCAUUUCUGUAAAACAAACACUAUAAAAUGAAUAAAAAAAUUAGACAACCAUUUUGUGGAUCUGUGGUGUCUCUGUUGGAAGAAGCCUGUAUUAUUUCACCCAGUACUGCUCAGGUUGUGCGAGUUUGGUUAGCAUCUUCAUGGCUGCACAUUUCACACAAAGCCUCACUACUCUUCCUUGCCACCUGGUUUCGGGUAGUAGAUGCCAAUGGUGAGGAAGACAAUUGCAUCUGUCAGAGUCUUUUUGUAGUCUAGUCUUUGCUAAAGACUUUAUGCAUUUUGAAAAAGGAGAAAGCCAUUGAUUUAUUGAGAAUCCAUAAUUUCCCCACCUGAACUGUGGGUCCGUUUUGAGAUAUUGGUAAAAUAAUUCUUCCAUCCCCACCACUGUUAAAAUGAAUUCUCACAGGGAGUCAGGCUCAAAGGCAGGGCCUUUGCUGCCCCUAACUUGUCCUCCUCUGCCUGACUCUUUCGGUUCUCCUUU